AUGGCGAGGAGUCUUGUUCUAAUCGAGUUGAUCCUUGUGAGCGAUGGUGGAGAUGUGAGUGGGAUCGAGAAUCAAUAUCUUGAUCGUCGAUUAAAGGAACAGAUCAAUCGGAGAAACGGAUCAGAUCGGUUAUCGUCGACGACGACGAAUCAUUAUGAUGUUUUACAUGCUUUGUCGCGAGCUCUGAGAAAGACGGAAGAAGCAUAUCUAGAUGCUGCAGAUAAGAUGCUCGACGAAAAUCCUGAACUAGCUUUAAUGGGUUCUUGUGUACUUGUGAUGUUGUUGAAAGGUGAAGAUAUUUAUGUGAUGAAUGUUGGUGACAGUAGAGCUGUGCUUGAUGACAAGAUUAGUUAUGCGCGGUCUAUGCAGAGAUUAGCUAUGCGCGGUCUAAGUGUUCCUAAUCUCUUGUUUUGCAGAGAGUUUUUUCCAAGUCUCCCCAUGUGUUCGAUUCAUGCUAAAAUUCAGUUUUUGCAGCCAAAAUGGACAAGAAACAAGAAAAAAUUUCUAUUCCUCCUCAAUCCCAACUCAAAAUUCGUCUUCUUCCCUCGCGCGGUUUCUUCUUCGGACAAGGAUGGUUCAGUUUCAUCCUCCAGACAGCAAAACCACGUAUUGUCUCUUUUCUCUGAGAAAUUGUAUAUGUUCAUCUUCUUAAUCACAUUUUGA